GCUCGCCCGGCUUCCGGGCGGUGCAGGCGCUAUGGGUCUGAGGGCCAGUGUCUUUGAGUAGCGGCGGUGUAGAGGCGUGCGGGCCCAGAGGUCCGGCCCGAGGGCUCAGGACCGGGGUCUUUGGGAGCGGCCGGGGGGCGCAGAGAGAACCUAGGAUCGCUGCCCGCCGCCACCACCAGGCAUGUCGGCCGAGGCCUCGGGCGCGGAGGCGGCCGAGGCCCCGUCCCUGGAAGUCCCUAAGCCCUCAGGUCUCGAACCUGGCUCCGCUGCCUACGGUCUCAAGCCAUUGACCACGAACAGCAAGUACGUGAAGCUGAACGUGGGCGGCUCGUUGCACUACACGACGCUGCGCACCCUCACGGGACAGGACACCAUGCUCAAGGCCAUGUUCAGCGGCCGCGCGGAGGUGCUCACUGACGCCGGAGGUUGGGUGCUGAUUGACCGGAGCGGCCGCCACUUUGGUACAAUCCUCAACUACCUGCGGGACGGGUCCGUGCCACUGCCUGAGAGUACCAGAGAACUGGGGGAGCUUCUGGGCGAAGCACGCUACUACCUGGUACAGGGACUGAUUGAGGACUGCCAGCUGGCACUGCAGCAAAAAAGGGAGAACCUGUCCCCGCUGUGCCUCAUCCCCACGGUGACAUCUCCCCGGGAGGAGCAGCAGCUCCUGGCCAGCACCUCCAAGCCCGUGGUGAAGCUCCUGCACAACCGCAGUAACAACAAGUACUCCUACACCAGCACUUCAGAUGACAACCUACUUAAGAACAUCGAGCUGUUUGACAAACUGGCCCUGCGCUUCCAUGGGCGGCUGCUUUUCCUCAAGGAUGUUCUGGGGGAUGAGAUCUGCUGCUGGUCUUUCUACGGGCAGGGCCGCAAAAUCGCCGAGGUGUGCUGCACCUCCAUUGUCUAUGCUACGGAGAAGAAGCAGACCAAGGUGGAAUUCCCAGAGGCCCGGAUCUUUGAGGAGACCCUGAACAUCCUGAUCUACGAGACUCCCCGAGGCCCAGACCCAGCCCUUCUGGAGGCCACAGGAGGUGCAGCUGGAGGUGGCGGGGCAGGCCGAGGGGAGGACGAGGAGAACCGAGAGCAUCGUGUCCGCAGAAUCCAUGUCCGGCGCCACAUCACCCACGACGAGCGUCCUCACGGCCAACAGAUUGUCUUCAAGGACUGAGCUUUGCCCCGAGUCUUCCUCUGGCCGCUGGGACCCAGUCCCUCUCUCUCUUCCUCCCCUUCCCAGACCUUUGCCCCGGCUUUGCUGGCCAAGUCGUGGGUCCUUCUUCCAUCCCUUCAUUGCAUGGUACAGUUCACUUUGGCCCUUUUCCAUCCAUUCCCACCUCAUUGCUAACCACAGAGUACAUUCCAGCCCCUCCCCUCAGAGGCCUUCAGAAGGCCUACAUUGGUUGCCUCCUCCCCAUCCUUGUCCUGCCCUCUUCCCUCACCAGCUGGUUUAGAAGGAUUUAGAAUUCCCUUUGUCUUUUUUUAGGACAUUGUACACACCAAAGUGUCAAGCCAGCCCUUAAUAACACCCACCACAUUCUGAGCCGCCUCCUCACCAUUGUGCAGGGCAGUUUGCCUCCCUCCUGCUUCCCCAACAUCCUCCCUACCUCCUUAACUUUGUACUAGGUGGGCCUGGGCCUGUACCAGGUCAGCAUCUUCUCAAUUUUUUUCAUAUUAUUUAUUACUAUAAUUUUCUAUUAAAUUAUUGGAAUAAAGUUGAGUUGAG